UUGUCAAAUGCACAAUUUUUUCAAUAUUUGUCAUUUGAAACAUUUACAGCAUUAGAAUAAACGUGAGAUAGCUAAAUCUAAAUAGCCUCACCAUAAAAAUGUUGAGCCGACCUUUACUAAAACGAGCUCUAUUAUUGCGCACCAUAAAAAAUGCAGCUGAAAAUGGUAAACAAGUAAGGAACGGUCAUGGUGGAACAUGGGCGUACAGAGUACCACCUCAAUUGCCAUCUAAAAGGGAGGUAAUGCUCGCUCAAGGCCUAGGAGGACUCUGUUGGUACUGGAUCUUGUAUCACAUUGCAACGGAGCCUGAACACAUCUAUGGUGAAUGGCCAUACAUAGACCCAAGCACCUGGUCUAAUGAGGAAUUGGGCAUUCCUGAUGAUUCAGCUGGACCUUUGAAGAAAGCAUAAAUUUUGAAUUUAGAACAAUUGAAAUAAUUAUGGAUAUGUUAAUUUAAUAAAAAAUUGUUAGUUGA